AUGUGGGACAUCAUCCACCUAGAAGAGAAGUGGUUCAACGCCGACAAGGUCCGGCACAAAGUGAACUUAGACCGGAGAACAAAUGAUCCGCUCCGCGUGCAAGCUCAUUAUACCAAGGCCACAGGCAGCUCGCCGCGGCCAACCAGAAAAGUUAUGUCGGCGGAGAGCCUUCGUGUAGCUACUUACAUGCAGGAGCAUCCCGACGACGCAGCGGAAAUACGGGAUGAGCUCAAGUUUUGGAACGAAGUCAUGGACGACCAAGUCCCCAUGACCAAGGAACGGGCCGAGGCAACGUUGCCAUUUCUAACGGCUCUCGAAUGCUGUCCGCUGUUUACCAACACGAGCCCAAUCAUGUUAUGUCCUCCGGGGCUGGAUCCCCUCGAUGUACGCUCAUUUCUUACGGCCGAAUCAUCCUCCCAUCUUCACGCGGACCAGGCCUCGGACGAACACAGGCCUGGCCAACCAGCCAACCUGGGUCGACCGGACCUGAAUCCUUCCUUCUCAUUGAUUGGCCCAACCGUGUCCACCUUUCAAUUCACUCGUGUUCCCCAUCCGUCACUGGCUGCUGUCGCCCACUGA